AUGCGUUCUUCUAUCUACGUCUUUGUUUUGCUUGCCGAACUUUUUGCUGGGACACUGGCAGCCAUCCUUGCGAAUCCGAACCUGAUGAUCAAUGGAAUCACUUUUCCAACCAGAGCACACUGGAUGCGCUUAGCAAAUGAGGCAUUGAACGAAAUUAGCGGCUCCCCUUGCCCCUUUGCGGCUUUCGGGACAGUCAUUGUUAAUCAUACGGCCUCUGACGCAGGCGAACUCAUUUGCAUGGGCGUCAAUGAGAAUUCGAAGACCGGAAAUCCUUCUCUGCACGGGGAAAUGGCAGCUAUUAAGAAUUGUACGGCGAUUCUAACCGAUCCCCACGGCAAAUAUCGCAUGACUGCGUCCGAGGCAGAGGAUGCGUUCGCCGACCUCACGCUAUAUACAAAUGCCGAAAGCUGCCCGAUGUGCGCCUCCGCAAUUCGAUGGGCAGGAUUCCGAGAAUACGUCUAUGGGACUUCGAUUGAUACACUGAUUCAGAAAGGUUGGGGUCAGAUCCGCAUGCCUUCAAUUCAAAUAUUUGAAGCCUCUUUUGAUCUUCCGACACAGUCACGUCUAAUGGGAAACAUCCUCAUCAACGAGACCGACCCUUACUUCCUGUGGCAGUAUGAUCCGACCUAUCCGUGCCCUCAUGGUUGUUCGCGUACCAGUGAUGGGACAAGUUGCGAGGCUUCCUCGAAGUGA